AUGGAGAGAUCAAAAGGUGUCAGCAGUGGCAGCAGCAGCAACAGCAACAGCAACAGCAACAGCAUAUCUCAGAAAGAGUGCAUCCUUGGAGACAGAAAUGUAUCAUUCUCUGCUUAUCGCAGACCAGAUCACGAAAAGGAUGGCCUUGCGGCAGGUGAUGACUCCACUGAAAUAAGCAUUUUUGAGGCCCAGAAGUACUUCAACGAAAGCAUCAUUGAUGCCCACAAGGUGAGCAACAACAACAAUAAUGGUGCUAUUAAUAUUAAUAACAGAGCAAUAUCUUCUCCUUUGGCCAACAAUGUCAGCAUCGACAACAUGGAACAGCCUUCGAGAUUCUCGUGGGCGGCUUCCUCAUCCGUUCAUGAUGAAUACUCCAGUAUUAACAUGGCAAGGAAUAACUACAGAGCUCGGUCUUUUCAUGCGGCUGCAACGCCAACGGCUUCAUCUGAAGCCAGUUGGAACAGCCAGACUGGAUUGUUAUCCCAUCCUCCUGGUAAAGUUGCAGUUUCACUGCGGAGUCCUACUCAUCAUCAUCAUCAACAUCAUCAUGAUCACAAGAAAAGUAGAGGAAUGGCCGCAUUGCCAUCGUCUUCGUCUUCUCCGAGAGUGAGAUGGUUUAGUUUUCCAAGAAGAUGUCCAUGCUCUGGCAAGAAAUCAGUUCGAGUUGAGGACAGAAUGUCAUCACAGCAACCGGCUAAGACCUCAUCAUCACAUUACACAGCAGCAGCAGCAGCCGCCCCGAGGAUUGUAUCCUUGGAUCUCAGAAAUCAAACACCCAAGUCAAAGUCAGUGGUGGCAGCGAGUGGCGACCAGCAUUUGAUGUGGGAUGAAGAACAUCGUCGUCGUUGGGAGGGGCAGAUGACUGUUAAGAUACCAUCAGCUGGAAACCCCCACAAUCGAUUAUUCAGACCUCUUCCUGCUGCUGCGGAGAUGCAAGCACAACAUACUAACGCCUUUAGCUUUCCCGUAUUGAAACUGAAUGGGAGGGGCACAUCGUGGUCCUCGUCGUCACCAAUGUUGAAGUUGCAGCAGCAGCCUGCUACUGUAAAACAAGAACCAACUCUGGGACGGGAAGGUCAUCUGGAACCCUUGACUACUAGUACUGAUGAACAAUCAUCCACAACUAUUUCAAUCCACAAGCCUGCUACUACUAGUACUGAUCACUCGAGUACUGGUUUCACAUUCCCUGCAAGUCCCAAAUCCCGAGUAAUUAUAAGCAAUGAUGACGAUUUGGGAAGCGAUGCAAGCUCUGAUUUAUUCGAGAUUGAAAGCUUCUCUACUAGUACUCAAACAACAGCUACUGCCAACAACUACCCAUCAGUGUUGUACCAAUACAACAACUACCGCAGGGAUUCAAUGGAAGAUGAUGCCUCCAGCUUUAAUGCUAUUAGAGGUUUGUAUCGCCGGCGAAGCAGCUUAGAUAAUGAGCCAAUGACGACUUCAUCAGCCGAGUACUGCUACGAGCCUAGUGAAGCAAGCAUAGACUGGAGUGUAACCACCGCAGAGGGGUUGGACCGGCCCAGCACAUCAUCGGAAGCAGAUUACCAUCAAGAUGAGCUGGAAAAGAUGAGCAGACGACGCCCGUCAUCCGUAGGGAGUUAUGGGUUGUUGAGCUGUCGAUGGGAGAAGGCGGUGAGCGUGGGGCCGAACCCAGUGAGACUAGUGAGUAGUAUGCCUGCUGGUGCUGUUGGUGAGGUGAUGAAGCAUGUGGGGAGUAGGCCACCCUUACCCUAUAAACCACGCUGCUCUCACUUGUCUAUUCCUUCUGCAACAUCAUUCCAUUCAUAG